AUGGCAAUACCCAUGCACCCUCAAUUCAUAUACAAGAUCCCCCAAAAUGAAUCGUGGUACAUUGUAAUCACAAACACGUCUCACCAUUUCUACUUCAACGCAAGGGACAAGUUGAGUUUCUGGCAGUUGAGCGACGUAAAACAACAUUAUCAAGGUGAUGUUGAUAUAGUUGAGUUGAUGCAAGAUGUCGAGUUUGACCAACUAGCGGUCUUGUUUGCUCUGGCUAGAGGUUGUGACGUUAAGAGACUGUCGAGGCGAGGGGAAACGGAUGGCGUAAAGCGUGUAGGGGGCGAUGAAUUGGGUGCGGGUACUUUGAAAAGGGCAAAAGUUGAGGCGAAAGAUGCCGAGGGCAGCAGCGGAAACGGCAACGUCGAUGCUUCAACAGAAGCUGGGAAAAGUGAUGAUUGGGGAAAAGAGACAAAGGACGACGAGCGGCAUCGUGCCUCGGGAGACGCUAGUGCUUCAAAGGUGCUGUUGUUGGCGGGAUACUCCUCAUCAAGUGACGAAGAAGAAGAAGAAGAAGAGGAGGAAAAUGUAGCCACGGCAGAGCCAGAUGACAAACCCCAGGAUUACGAAAACUCGAAGCUGAAACUCAUAGAUGUACUCAAUCUGCUAUCGGGGCAAAUCUCAGAGUAUGAUGCGUGGGACUUGGUACAGAACAAACUCAGUGAUCAAUUGCACCAUGUCAAUGCUCUUUUAUCAGACCAUAACCAGCAGAAAAUCUUCACUGAAUGGAUCAACGAUCGAAAAACCGUCGAGGUAUUGAAUGAAAUAUACCCCACGGAAAAGAUCAAGCUACUUUCCCUUUUGCAAUCGCAUAAAGAUGAAGUCCGCAAUUCAUAUUACCCCAAUUUCUACAAUUAUCACUACUUGCAAUUGAACACGAUUCAGCUAUCCACGUCAGAAAAGGAAACAACUUUCAGGAAAUACAAAAAUUUCGUUAAUGAAUUUGCAAGUUUUGAAAAAAAGUUUAAGCAAAGUAAUAAAAAUGCAGUUGGAAACGUGAAAGUUAUGAAAGUUGAUGAGUUUUUGCAUACAGCACUAAAGCUCAAGCUCAAACACGAACAUGACUUUACCCAGAUGGACAACUUGUCCGACUUUGAUAAUUGGAUUCGACUAUUGAAUUAUUAUGAUGUCGAUUUGGACAUUGCUGAAGACGAAACUAAUUUCUUGUUGGGUGACGAAAAGCGAUUGAAAUGUUAUAUGGAUGCUGUAAACAAGUUGACUGUCAUUAAAUGA